AUGGUUGAACCGGAUAAUUUCCGCGAGAUCGUCGAUCAGAUCGAUCGUUAUCCGAUCAUGGGGAAACUAGUACGGAGACGAGGGAGCCAUGACGCCGCUCAGUUACAACACCAUGCCAAAGUCUUACUGGCAGAGUCACCGCUUAUUAUGCUCGAAGAGUUCCUCGCAGUAGAAGAGGCGACUAUCACCGUCAUGCCGCUGACGCCUUCUCGGCCAGACUACUGGAGGGUGGCCAGGCUAAUUGGCGCCACUGCGCCAAUUCGGGUAGAUGUGCGACGGUUCCGGUUGGGAUCCGACUUCGCUCUGUUCGAUAUCACUAUGCAGCCAAAUAUGACCGGUCCAGGACUGCCAGGACGGGAGGAUCAGGCCAGCUUGACUGCCUUGGCAGCAGCAGCUAUGGGCUGGGACUACGACACGUUGUUGCAACAUAUCCUAGAGGGUGCUCAACCCCUGAGUCGGUUCCAUAACUACCGUAGUCCAUUCUAG